CCUUAGACGCGCCAAACCAAAGACAAAGACCAACAACACUUAUCCAUCCAUGUCUUCCUCCUCCUCCUUCUCUCCGGCCACACUCACCACCGAGCAGGAACUCUCCGUCAUCGUCGCCGCCCUCACCAACGUCGUCGCCGGCUCCACCUCCACCUCCACCUCCCACUCCGAGUUUCGCCUCCCGGAGGCCCUCGCCGGGCCCAGCCUCGCGCCGCCGCCCACCGCCGACACGUGUCGCGAGUGCAACAUCGCGGGCUGCCUCGGCUGCAACUUUUUCCCCGAAGAGAAGAAGAAGCAGAAGCGGGCCAAGAAGAAGUACCGCGGCGUCAGGCAGAGGCCAUGGGGGAAAUGGGCCGCCGAGAUUCGGGACCCGCGCCGCGCCGCCCGGGUCUGGCUCGGGACCUUCAACACCGCCGAGGAAGCCGCCCGGGCCUACGACAGGGCCGCUAUUGAGUUCCGCGGCCCACGGGCCAAGCUCAAUUUUCCCUUGGUCGACGAGUCCUUGAGCCAGCAGCAGCCCACCCAGCCAGAGAGGGUUAUCGUUAACGCUAACGCUAAUGCUAACUCUAACGCUAACACUGAAGAACAAAUAAAGGAGGAGAAUCUGAAUCUGAAUGAGGGUAUGCAAAUGGAUUCGCUGGCUUUCGGGAACAAGGAAACCGAAUUCUGGGAUAGGAUUGGCGAUGCUGAUUUUCACCAGCUCAUGAUGAUGAUGGAUCAUUUUGCCGGAGAUUCUUCCGACUCUGCCACUGGGAACACUCUUAGUUCCUGAUUUAAUUCAUUCAUUCAGCAAAAUAUUUACUGCAUGUGUGUUUACAAAAUGUACAACUCGAUCGCUUUAGCCUAUUUGUUAAUUACCUACCUCUAUUUCUCUAUAUCUUCCUAUUUCCUCUCCAUUCAUAUUUUUUUAGCUAGAGACGAAGCUGAAACCACAAAUCAAGAGUUUUAAUGUUUGAUUUCGCCACCCUAGAGUUUACUCUCUAAUCUAUCAAAUUACCUUUUUUUUUUUUUUU